AUGUCCUACGAUAGACCAGAUAAUUAUAGUGCACCAGCAUUGGGCCCAUCAGAGGUGUCGGAUGACUCGUAUAACGAGAUCAUCAAAGCAUUCAAGUCGUUUAUCUUGGAAUUCAGAUUGAAUAAUCUGUUCAUCUACAGAGAGCAGUUGAGAGAGAACUUAUUGAUCAAAAACUAUUUAUUAAAGGUAAACAACGAGCAUUUGAUCGGAUUCAACGAAGAGUUGAACAAGAAACUACACGAUGACCCAGGUGAAAUGAUUCCCUUGUUUGAGACUGCCAUCACAGAUAUUGGAAAGAGAAUCGCCUAUUUGGCCGAAGAUUCGGUUCCAGAGAACUUCCCCAACUGCCAAUUAAUUGUGUAUUCGAUUGCAAACAAAACCAGUAUCAGGCACUUGGAUUCAGAACAUAUUUCCAAGAUCGUUAGAGUCAGCGGGAUCAUUAUCUCGGCGUCGGUGUUGUCUUCCCGACCCACAAAGGUCCAAAUCAUUUGCAGAAACUGUAAACACACCAUGAGAUUGAAUGUAGCUGGUGGGUUCGGGAAUUUGAACUUACCCAAGAAGUGUCAGGGGAGUCACAAUUUCGAUGAUACUGCUACCCAGGCUCGGUGCCCUCCUGAACCAUAUGUCGUUGUUCACGAUAAAUCAACCUUCAUUGAUCAGCAAGUGUUGAAAUUACAAGAAUCUCCAGAUAUGGUACCAGUAGGGGAAAUGCCUAGAAACAUCUUGUUACAGGCCGACCGGUACUUGACCAACCAAGUUGUUCCUGGUACCAGGGUCACCAUCAUUGGAGUCUAUUCGAUUUUUGAAAGCAGGUCCAGAGUAGGUAAUAAAGGAGCCAGUUCUGUAGCUUUGAGAAACCCAUACUUGAAGGUAUUGGGAAUUCAAAGUGACACAGAAACAGGUGUUGAUGGUCAAGGGUUAGUGUUCACAGAAGAAGAGGAAGAAGAGUUUUUGAAAUUGUCGAGAAUGCCCAAUUUGUACGAUGUAUUUUCCAACUCCAUUGCACCCUCAAUUUACGGUAACCAGGAUAUCAAAAGGGCCAUCACAUGUCUUUUGAUGGGAGGAAGCAAGAAGAUUUUACCCGAUAGUAUGCGGUUGAGAGGAGACAUCAAUGUGUUAUUGUUGGGUGAUCCUGGUACUGCCAAAUCUCAAUUGUUAAAGUUUGUGGAAAAGAUAUCCCCCAUCUCGGUAUACACUUCUGGUAAAGGGUCUUCUGCUGCGGGGUUGACGGCAUCAGUCCAAAGAGACCCCACCACCCGGGACUUCUACUUGGAAGGUGGUGCUAUGGUGUUGGCCGAUGGAGGUGUUGUUUGUAUCGAUGAGUUUGACAAAAUGAGAGAUGAGGAUAGAGUUGCCAUCCACGAAGCCAUGGAACAGCAAACCAUUUCCAUUGCCAAGGCUGGUAUCACCACCAUCUUGAACUCUAGAACUUCAGUAUUGGCGGCGGCCAAUCCCAUUUUCGGUCGUUACGACGACUUGAAGUCCCCUGGAGAAAAUAUCGAUUUUCAAAGCACCAUCUUGUCAAGAUUCGAUAUGAUCUUUAUUGUCAAGGACGACCACAAUGAACAAAGAGAUAUCUCCAUUGCCCAGCACGUUAUGAAUGUCCACACCGGGAACACAAACAACAACGACAUGAACCAAGAAGGUGAAAUACCUAUUGAGACCAUGAAGAGAUACAUCCAGUACUGUAAAGUCCGGUGUGCACCCAGAUUGAGUCCAGAAGCGUCUGUCAGAUUAUCAUCACAUUUUGUGGCCAUUAGAAAAAAGUUGCAAUUGAACGAAGCAGACUUGAACGAAAGGUCCUCGAUUCCUAUCACCGUCAGACAGUUGGAAGCCAUUAUCCGUAUCAGUGAAUCUUUGGCCAAAUUGACCUUAUCUCCAGUGGCAUCUGAAGAACAUGUUGAAGAAGCCAUUAGACUUUUCACCGCCUCCACCAUGAAUGCCGUUAACCAGGGAAUGUCGAACGGGUUGAUUCCAAACAGUGAAUUGAGCAAGGAAAUCAACAAGGUGGAGCAGGAAUUGAGACGGAGAUUACCUAUUGGUUGGUCUACUGCUUACCUGACGUUGAGGAGAGAGAUUGUUGACAGUGGUAAAGCCAGUCCUGCUGCAUUGGACAAGGCACUUAUGAUUCUCGAAAGACACGAGGUGAUACGAUUCAGACACCAGCGUCAAAACGUUUUACGGGUUGGGGUUUAG